AUGUGUGCUGAACGCAUCCCAGGUGCUCCAGUUGGGCUUCCUGUAUGGACCCGAGCAACCUUGGGUUUGUAGGAGAGUGUGCAAGUGCAGUGUUUUAGUUGUUUGUUGUUUACAGCCGCGCUAUAAAGAGAUAUCUUUAUGGUGCGGUCAACUAUAAACAGGAACAAAGUCUUGCAACCCGGUACAACCUCGCCAGACAGUGAAUCAUCCAGAUCAACAGUGAAAUGUCUCUGCCAAAGAUGACACAUCUCCCUUCACUGAGACUGCUGAGCUCCAUUAACCGCCAGCAGCUGCUCCUCCCCUCCAUCGCCCCUCUCACUGUGCCCAGAAGAGCUGUGAUCCAGGGUGAAUACAGACGGCCUGGCCAGCCCAAAGAAGACAAGCUUCCAUGGCAGAAGAUUAAGUUUGACUUUGGGAAGGGUUUAGAGGGAAUAAAGAAGCAUUUCACACUGCUGAAGACAGAGUUUACUGACCGCUUGGUCGGUCCACAGGGCAAACCAGUUCUAGAGCACAUGUUGGAGCAGAACAGGGUGAUAUGGGAGUUCAGAGGUCCAGAAAGCCUGGACCAGUGGACGGUGUCCUCAGAUCGUGAGAUAGGAGGCCAAAGUGAAGUUUACUUGAAGCUUGGCAAAAACAAUAAUACCUGUUUUCUGUAUGGAAAUCUGAGGUCAACUCCUCCGAGGGAUGGAGAGACACGCUACAGUGGCUACUGCACCAUGCGUUCAAAACAACCACUGGCUUCAUUUGAUAGGAAGGAACAUUACGAUUGGACCAGUUUCAACACCCUGCAUUUGCGUGUACGUGGUGAUGGCCGUCCAUGGAUGAUCAAUAUCGCAACAGAAAUGUACUUCUCUCACCAAAAAGAUGACUUGUACAGCUACUUUAUGUUUACCAGAGGAGGACCCUACUGGCAAGACAUCAAGAUACCUUUCUCCAAGUUUUUCCUCACACAUCGUGGGAGGAUACAAGAUGAUCAGCAUGUUCUCUGGCUGGACAAGGUUAACACCAUUGGAUUUACCUUGGGAGAUAAAACAGACGGUCCAUUCCAGCUGGAGAUUGAUUUCAUUGGCGUCUGCAAAGACUAUGCACACACUGAGGAGUUUGCCUAUGAGGUGUACAAGAGGAAUCCUGAAGUUUGACCACAACUGUUACAGUACUGCAGAUGAACUAUCACUAAAUCAGAGCUGAAAUCUUCUGAUACUAUCAAUAAACAAAUGUAUCACAGUCUUGCAGACAACCAAUUACACCCCAGCCACCACUGUUAUUGAUAAGACACUGUAUAUCUGGACUCAAGAAGUGUGUUUCUGGUUACAUGUGAUAAUCUCCAGCUCAAACAUUUACAUUGUAUGGUAAGUGGAAGGUCCUUUAUCCAAAUUUACUUAAACCGAUUUCCAGGGCUCGCUAAAGGAGAUCAAACAGCUGUUUUCAUAACAAAAUCAAAUCUAAAUCCUGUAUUUGUGACACAUAUUCCGUUAACAAUAAAACAUAUUUUCCAUGUGAA